CUGGCGGCGCGGCCCCGCCCCGGAAGCGCGGCGGAGCGGCCGCCGGCCCGGCUCUGUGGCGGCGGCGGCCGAGCGGGCAGCGCCAUGGAGCACAUCCGCACCACCAAGGUAGAGCAAGUGAAAUUGCUGGAUAGGUUCAGCACGAGCAAUAAGUCACUGACCGGAACUCUGUACCUUACAGCAACUCAUCUGCUAUUCAUAGAUUCGAGCCAGAGAGAGACGUGGAUACUACAUCAUCAUAUUGCUGCAGUAGAAAAACUUCCUUUGACUACUUCUGGCUGCCCCCUUGUCAUCCAGUGCAAGAACUUCAGGAUAGUUCACUUUGUUGUACCCAGAGAGAGAGAUUGUCAUGACAUUUAUAAUUCUCUACUUCAGCUCUCAAGAACAGCAAAAUAUGAAGAACUCUAUGCCUUUUCUUAUAAUCCAAAACAAAAUGAAUCCGAGCAAGUCAAAGGUUGGCAGCUUAUUGAUCUAGCAGAAGAAUAUAAGAGAAUGGGGGUGCCAAAUGAUUACUGGCAGUUGUCUGAUGCAAAUCGUGAUUACAAGAUUUGUGAAACCUAUCCUAGAGAACUUUAUGUUCCCAGAACUGCAAGCAAGCCCAUAAUUGUUGGUAGCUCCAAGUUCAGAAGCAAAGGAAGAUUCCCAGUGUUGUCAUAUUAUCAUAAAAAUAAGGAGGCUGCAAUUUGCAGAUGCAGUCAGCCUCUCUCAGGUUUCAGUGCCAGGUGCCUGGAAGAUGAGCACAUGUUGCAAGCCAUCAGUAAAGCAAAUCCUUCAAAUCGCUACAUGUACGUCAUGGACACCAGGCCAAAGCUUAAUGCAAUGGCUAACAGAGCUGCUGGGAAGGGCUAUGAGAAUGAAGACAACUACUCAAACAUUAGGUUCCAGUUUGUUGGCAUUGAAAAUAUUCAUGUCAUGAGAUCCAGCUUGCAAAAACUCCUGGAAGUCAGUGGCACAAGAGGUUUGUCUGUCAAUGACUUUUUGUCUGGUCUGGAGAGUUCUGGAUGGCUGCGUCACAUCAAAGCUGUGUUGGAUGCUGCUGUCUUCCUAGCCAAGGCAAUAGCAGUUGAGAGUGCAAGUGUAUUGGUGCACUGUUCAGAUGGCUGGGAUAGGACUUCCCAAGUUUGUUCCCUUGGAGCUCUCUUGCUAGAUUCCUAUUACAGAACAAUCAAAGGAUUCAUGGUCUUGAUAGAGAAAGACUGGAUCUCCUUUGGGCACAAGUUCUCUGACAGAUGCUGUCAGUUGGAUGGUGAUCCGAAAGAGAUCUCGCCAGUGUUCACCCAGUUUUUAGAAAGCGUGUGGAAUCUGACUGAGCAGUUUCCACAAGCCUUUGAGUACAAUGAAGCUUUCCUCCUUCAAAUCCAUGAACACGUCCAUUCAUGCCAAUUUGGUAACUUCCUUGGAAACUGUCAAAAAGAACGAGAAGAGCUAAAACUCAAAGAGAAGACCUAUUCCUUGUGGCCGUUCCUUUUGGCUGAACAGAAGAAAUAUCAGAAUCCUCUGUAUAAUCCGGAUUUUUCUCCAGAACUAACUGUUUUGGAGCCUAAUACAGUAGCAUUCAAUUUUAAGUUUUGGAGAAAUAUGUACCAUCAGUUUGAUCGAAGUAUGCAUCCCAGGCAGUCUAUGUUCAACCUUAUCAUGAACACGAGUGAACAAAAUAAACAGCUGGAGGAAGACAUUAAAGAACUGGAAGCUAAAAUAAAGCAGAGAAACGGGCAGUCGGAUGUGGUCCUGGAGAAGGAACAGGAGCGGACGGCUCCUCCUGCCCCUGUGGCGCUGAAAUCCCCCCCGUGCUUCCAGAAGGAGCAGCCGCCGAAGGCAGCGAAUGACGCCGUGCGAACCAUAGAGGGCAGCAACACAGCGGACAAUCGCUACAGCGAGCUGGUGUCCGAGUUCUCCAAAGCUGAGCCGGCCGUGGUCAGCCUGGAUAACGGAGUGGCCAGGAUGACCUGCUGAUUGACAUCUGGCACUGUGUUCUUCUGGACCGAUUAAAGGGAGAGAUGGGUCAUUUUCAGGAUGGGUCUGUGCUGCAUGACCAAAACACGAUUUGUAUAUCAGCAAGUUUUGUUAAUGUAGACUAGAACAGCAUGCUAGUUGUCAAGUGUUUGCUGUUCUUUUAAGGGGGGGAAAAAGGUGUAGUCGUCUUUUUGAAAGAAAUAGGGGCAUUUGAUAAGUAGUGACUGAAAAUCAAGGAAUGUUAUGUCUUUGGACCUAGAUCAGUUUGCACUAAAUUGUUUUAAAUAGUAAUAUUACUUUAUUCAGUGUAGGAAACCACAGGUGGUCUUUCACAGAUUGAUUUUAUUUGGCCAAGAAAACUUGAACUUUCUAUUUUAGGAACUGAGGCUACGUGUAUAUAUCUCAUAUGAAUGCGUAUUCCCGUGCUUAGCAUCAUGUCACCCAGCACUAACUUACAGUGUAUUAAGUGCCAUGGAAAAGUAUGAUGUAUUUCAAAUCAUAAAUAGUUGGCCUUAAACCUGUCAGAUCAAUGAUUUUGUCCUUUACUACUGCAGUCUACCUGGCUCUGUUUACAUUGUAUUUGCUCAAAUUUUUAUAUCCUUAAAACAGGACUGAAUAUAAAGAAUGAAGCAUGCCUAAGCUGGCACAGCCUUUCAGCAAAUAGCUAUAUGAAUGUUAACUUAUCACUUGAGACUGUUUUUCCUUCCAUUUGCUCUGUUGUUUAAGAUCUAAUAGACUGACCUGAUUUUCCUCUCUGGCAGCUCAGUAGAUUGAGCAUCAUUAAAGCUGCAGGUUAUCUGACCUUAGAUGUUUUGAUUUGUGGCAAGGUAUUUAAGUGUAAAAUAAGGCAUGUCACAUCAGGAAACAAAACUUGCCAAUAACUGAAUAAUUAGGUUCAUUCAGAUUGUUUACUGUGUGCUGUGCAGUUGUUCAAGGUGUAAGAAUGCAAGCAAAACUUUUGGAAAUGUAGUUGUUCCCAAGCUGAAAAGAGUCAUGUGUCUGAAGCUCAUGAGAAACUAAGUGCAUCCUGAAUGUUUCAUUAGAAGAAAACUUUGGUUAUUCGUGAAAAGCCUUCUCAUCUUGUAAAAACUUGUCCAACCUGUGCAUAUUUGAAGUAAUUUUAGUAUCUGGCGAUUUUUAUGUAUUUGGAGACAGGACAAAAACUCCUAGCAGGAUGCAGUAGAAAUCAUGGAAUGUAAGAAGAAAGGGUAAACUUAGAGUUUGUGUGCUUAACUAUGUAAUCUUCUGGUAAGGGAGAAGGUUUUUUUGAAGUUUGUCUCAUGAUAGAUUUUCUGAGUGGGUAAGAGAAUAAGGAAAAAAAUGUUGGUGCCAGUUCUUAAAUAGAAACAUGAAUUAUAACUUUGGGUAUUAAGAUCCCUAAUGACAUUAGAUUAGUGCUACUGACCUUUUAUGUCUUAAUUUAAAUAAUUUUUGGUUUCAGAUGAAAAUAAUUUCUCUCUCAUCCUAAUCCCUGAAGUGUGUUUUGUCACAAUUACUGGUGUGCACAAUUUGACAUAAUUUGGCAGCAUUUCCCUCUGCACCAUAUUGGAUCCAGGACUCUUAGCAAGGCCAGUAUAGGCCAAGAUCAAGGUGCAUUUGUGGAGCUGUCUGGGACUUUUGUUAUUUUGCUAUUAAUUCACCCACCCAAAAAUCAAAUUUCACUAAUUUGAUUUUUGAAACAUAAGCAUUUUUAUUUUCAAAGAUAUAAGCAUAGUGUCAUAUUUAAAAUACAUUAUCUAGUUACUUAAGCACAUUUAUAAUGUCUCCAACUACAGGUUUUGAUAGUUUCAUGUUUGCACAAGUGAUGCCUUACAGGGUUGCAGCAAGAGAGGUUUUUGUGCCUUGUUAUUUAUUGUCUCCCCUUCUCCCUCACCUCCGUAUUAACUUGGUUCUGUGGUUUUCCUUUGUAAAAAUAUCUUGUAUAUUAAGCUUGUAUUAUAUCACAGUAGUGAAACAAACUUACUUCUGACAAUAUAGGUAAGUGUUACCAAUUUGUAUUUGUUUCAAUAUUUAGCUGCUCUGGUGUGCCAUGUACACUUUUCCUAUUUAUUGUUUAGAGUUUAUAGACUCAAAAGAUUAUAUUAAGCUUUUUUGCAAAUAUCGUUGUAUGUUGUUUUUACUUGAACAGCCAUCUGAGGGCCCCUGUGUACAAGGCUUUUGCAGAGAAGAUCUGUUCCCUUUCAGUACUGUUACAGUGAGUUUAUUUCAGUCUUCAAGUCCUUUUUAUUGGCAGAGUUCACUUCUUAGGGAAAGGAGCUGAAAUGUAUUUUUACAUCAAAUCAAGGUAGGCAUGUUAGGUCACCUUUAAAGUGCCAUAAAACUGUCUGCUCAGGCACUGAGCUUGUUUCUCCAUCAAAAAAUACAGUACUUCCUAAUCUGAAGUAAAUAUUUUACUCCAGUUAAUAUGUGAAUAUAUGUGAAUUUAUAAGGCUGUUUUGUUGAGCAACCACCUUGUAAGGUUCAGGUGGCUCUGCCAACUCAAGCCCCAGGGUCACCAGUGAGGAAAGUUCCUGCAGAGAGGCAUCUGUCUCUUCUCAUUUGCUGUUUAGGCCUAAGCCAAAACUACCUAAAGCACGGGGGACCUGUGGUGAAGUGAAUAGACGGUAGUCAAGUGAGCUCCAACAGAAAGCUUGGCAGGAUAGCCAGGACUCAGCACAGUGGGGCUGUUCUAUGUCCUUCAAGAAGGAUUUUUUAAAAAUCAGGCAAGUUGACUAAAAAAUUGCAACAGAAGCCUAGAAUCAGAAAGAAUUUAAAUUCUAGUUUCAGAAUUUAAAUUCUGAACUUUUCUUCAUCAUGAAUAUGAUACUCCAAGAGCAGUUCAUACUGCAGGGCACCUCAUACAGAUCAAAAUAAUGCGCAGAACUCUCUCUUUCAGGCUGUGACAUUAAUUUGUGGUUGGUAUGCUCACCAGUUGCUUGGGAAUAUAAUGUUCCAGACAGAAAGUUGGUACAUUUGAUUCUGCUCCAUAGGUUGCUAGACUUUGUCAGUUCUGUGCUUCAUCGUAAGGAGGUUUCCUUAGGUGAAGUUUUUGGGUUUCUACAUUCUGUGCUGUGCUUGAUCUUUUUUCUUUCAGUGAACCAGGCCGAUAGUCUCACCUGAGAAAACUGAUUUCACUUUAGUACUCCAGGCAGUUUAAAAUAUUUAUUUCAUUAGUACCGAAAGAGUUGGGCUUGUUUUUUGGAGGCUUGCUAGUGUCAUAAGGUAUUCUUCCGUACAAUUUUAAGUAUCCAACUGUUCUGUUUUGUAGGGCGUCUGCCAAAUCAACAGUCUAAGAAAUUAAUUAGGCAACACUGAACUGAGCCUGUGCAUUUUCUACACAUGUCCAAUUACAGUGACCUAAAUCUAGGGCAGAAGCCUGAAGUCUGGAGAGUCCUUUUACAGAACUGGAACAGCAGUCCUUCCAUAAAACCACACAUCCCUGUGUGGAACAAAUGCCCUAAUAGAAUGGUUUUGCAGAGGGAAAGCUAGCACAAAUCAAACUGUCACAGUUUAAUGUGUCUCCUCCUCAGGGUAAGCACAGUGGAGAAUGCUUUGUUGGGACAGGUGGUGUGUUCUUCCUCUUGCUGUUUUCCCCAGGACUUUUGAUAAAGUAACACAUCAGCAAAUCUCUGAGAGUUUGCUCCUCCCAUUCUGGUAAACUGAGCACAAAACUGGCUGAACGGUUGGGCUGAAGUGGGGCUGGGAUAGCUUGGUUUAACUACUGUCCUCUUAAGGAAGUGAUAUAAAUAAUAUAAGGAAACUCAAUGCUAAAAUAGCACAGGGCACAUGCUGUCAACAUCUGUUCUUUAGUGUGCUGCCCUGUUCUGGAGUAAAUGUGACAGGCAUAAGGGCCUCUCGUAAGCAUGAUUGCUUUCUAGUUAGUUUAAAGAUAAUCUGAUUUCAAACUAGAUCAUCCCCCCAGUGAUAUUUAUAGAUCUUUAGGUCAGAAACUAAAGGUUGCUCUUAGAACUCCUGUUUAUUUGCUAAUAGUUUUAAACCUGUGGCUGAUCACAGGCUAAGUGUAUUGGUUGUGAAGCCUAUAUUAACCUUUAGGAUUAGAUCUUUAGAUUGAAGUCUGCUUGGACUUGGCUUUCACUGUUUACGCCACACUUUCCUGCUAGUGUUGCUUAUUGUGGUGCUUGAUGUCCGACAGAUGUAACGGGCUUGCUUCUUAAUGCUCUGGAUGUUUCAAUAACCUGAGAGCAUUGUGGCUUUCUUCCACUGCUCUGAAGGCUCACAUCAGCCUUAGUGAACAGUGUGAGUGAACUCAUGCUUGAUCUAGCUGGCUUGACCUGCCUCCAUGUUAAAUAACACUGAAAAUCAGCACGGCAUCGUCGUUCAGUGGUGCAGCUUCUGUACGCACAAUAGGCUUAAGGACAGGGAUGUAGUCAGGGACCUGUGUCACAGCAUGUAGCAAGGAACAGGACACUGCAGGGGUAUGACUCAUAAAGUAGAAGCAGUAAAGCUGUUUGGAUGUCCAGCAGCAGCUAAGGGACUUGAGGUGGAAGGUCAGAGGCAAACUGAGAUCAGUUUCCAGGUCCCAGAUAAUUAAGUGACCUGGUCUGUUAAACACUUACUGCAAAGCAGUUCUGUGCUGGCAUUGAGGAGCAGAAAAUAUACAUGGAUCUGUGUUUCCUAAUCUGCUGGCUUCAUGUAAUAAAUGUCCUGAUGGUGACGUUGAAAUUGGAGCACAAUAUCUUGUUUACUCUUGUUUGUAUUUAACUCUUGAGGUCAGUUGCAUACUGUUUAUAACUAAGUGGGAUUAUGGUUUUUGCACAUACUGUUUUCCUUGUUAAUGACAAGCACAUAUAUAUCUUGUGCUUUGUAUCUCUGCAUAUAUUUCUGCUGAGUGCUUUUCUUGCAAGCAGGCAGCCUUGGUGCAAUCCCAUGAUGCUGCUCCACCAAGCACUCCUCAUUACCUAGCAUUACAGAUUGCUUUCCUUCCUCUGUCUUACUAUUGCUCUUCAGCCUUACAGUUUAUCUUUACAACUGUCUGUUGACAAUAUCUCUUGACAAGCAUCUUUCCAUCGAAGAAAAUGGGGUCAGCAUUUUUCUGUCUCUCAGGGAUUUUUACCCCUGAACUAGUGAACUUGAAAAAUAGUGCUUACUCUCCCUUUUGGGGCUUCUGAGUGCCUGUUGACUUCCACAGUUGGUUUGGUUAUACAUUUUAAACUCAGACAUGACUAUUUAAAAGAAAGAAAUUAAAAACUUAGUCAAAUAUUAGAUGUGACAAAGGGAAAGAGAAUUUUUCAUUGUAAAAUAUCUGGAAAGACUGGCUGUUUCACUAACAUUUAUUGCUCUAUGUAAUGCUUUCUGUAAAAGUCAUUUAUCUGUGCGCUGGGAUCAUGCUUGAUGUAUAUUCCUGAAGAAAUUUUAGCAAAUGGAAUUUUGUAACAAGUAUUUUCUUUGUAUGUGUUUUCAAAAUCCAUAAAGCUUAAAAUAAAGUGAUCUUAAUAUUGCCAAUCGAACUAGACAUUAAAUAUUUAUAAUAAUAUAUAUAAGCGUUUAUAGUAACUGUGUGUGAACAUUAAAAUUUUCAUUUUAUGGAUGAAUCAUACCUGAUACAGAGUACGUAAAUGAGUUGACCUAUUUAUUAGACUCUUGAAUGCUUCUGUAGCUUUUAGAUAUGGGAGACUGGCUCAGCUUUGUGUAGGCAGACUCUUGACUGCUGGCCUGUUAAUUACAGGCACUGUUCUGAGAUUAAUUUUGGAUUUAGCUGUCAGGAGAGUACUGUAUUUACUUAUUGUUACCAUUACUGCAUACUUGGUUAUCCAGAUAACUGUUUUCAACAGCUACAAUAAAUGUGGUUAGGAAAUUG